AUGAUUCAGAACAAAGCUAUCCUCUCUUCCAAGGACGUGGCCGGGCUUUCAAGUCGUUGCCUCCACAAAGGUUUGAAGGAAGCAAUUAGUGCUGGCGGUGAUCCAAACGAUGAGGAUGGAUACGGACGCACCGCCCUUCGAUGUGCCAUGAAUUUUCACUACCCUGAUAAUCAGAAAGGCCGAACUGAUAGCUCUGUGUUUUUCGAUGAAGAGGAUCAAACCGAUGGUUGUCUGCCUUUCGACUAUGAAGACACAAGAGUGGCACGACGUCUCACUGUUAAGCUUUUGAUACAAGCAGGAGCUCAGAUGACUGGCGGAGAAGUUGUUAGAGCUAUUUGUCUUCGAGAUCAACCCCUACUGCUGUUUCUUUUGCAACACGGCGGAACUUUGACCGAUAUUGACAAUACGGGACGAGGUUGCCUGGAGGCCGAAAUAGAGGCACGUAACGACCCAUCACUCCAAGAAGCUCUGGAAAUGCAAGAAUUCGCGAUUGAUGCAGGGCCAUUCUGUGCGGCAAUACAACGACAGAAUUGGGCUCUUGUUGAAAGGCUUUUUGAACGGGCUCACCAACCGACAAGCUGUCACCUCCUGGAGGGAACCGCCGUGGGAUUGGCUGCUAAGUCGGGCCAGCUGACAAUCAUGGAGAAGUUUCUCACCCGAUUUUCCCGCCACUCAGUCCUAACUUCGGCCAUCCUCCCCGUCCGUUUCGGAUUAGAUAAUAUAGAAGUAUACAACGAGCACUGUAACCGGGCAGGUUUCUGGCGUACACCCCCCAAUGAAGAAGGUGAACAUAUUCAUAUCGAAGGGAGUCUUCUUACACUGGCCGCUCUAGGACAAGAUACUUCCGGUUUCAGGGAACUCCUUCGGCGCGGUUGCUGUAUGGAUACCAUAGCCUGGAGCAUUGUGGCGGAAAGUGAGAAAUCAUCCGACUAUUUGCAUCUACUGAGAGAGUUUGGUACCGGAUUCGGCACUUCUACAAAGCACGACAUAGAGUUGAAGACGGCAUUGUGCAAAUCAAUCGACAAGGGCAAUCAUGACGUGACGCGAUACUUGGUGGAAGUGGGGGCAGAUGUCAAUGAAUUCGACAUACAUGCAUCCAAGUUCAACACAGCCAAACAACUAUCGCCCCUCCAGCUCGCUGCGAAGAAAAACGAUAUAGAUAUGGCACUAUACCUGCUAGAAAAGGGAGCAAAGGUCAAUGCCCCUCCGGCCUUCUACCAAGGCGCAACUGCUCUCCAAUUCGCCUCAAUAGGUGGGUGCCUUGGAUUCACAAGACAUCUGCUUCAACUCGGUGCCAGGAUCAAUGUACGAGGAUCGGCUAGGCUUGGCAGAUCAGCUUUAGAAGGAGCGGCAGAGCAUGGCAGGCUUGACACGCUGGCACUACUGGUCCAUCACGGCGCUGUUACAACGGGCCGUGGUCGUCAACAACUGAUCAAUUCUGUAGCAUACGCCCAGGUGAGAGCACAUAACACUGCAGCUGAGUGGCUGAAGGAUAACUGUGGUUGGACUGUCGCGGACCAAGAUCUUUUGGAGCUUGACAAUGUGCAUGGUAGGUAUUUUCUCGGAACAUGCCUCAGGUCGUAUUGUUGCGAUGAGUACCAUGUCAGCCAGGGCGAAUGCGUAUAUCACUAUACCGAGGAGCAAAGAAACGUUCACUAUGAACAAUGCGAGGUUUGUGAGAGAUGGCGGUAUGACAGAGGUGAUGGCAGAGAAAGAAACUUCUCAAGUGAAGACGAAGAUAUGGACUUGGAGGGAGAUGAAGAUUGA